CGUCAGUCCCAGUGAACGACCGUGCUUGUGCUCCUCAAGGAGCGAUCAGCUUUGUAUUGUGUCGAUAAAACAAAGCUCGGAUUAGUAAAUCAUCGUUAAGAUGGCUUAUAGCUGGGACAAUCGCUGCAACUUUGUCGUCAAGUAUCUUUACGAUACGGAUAGCAACGGGAUAUUGGAGCAAAAUGAUUUCGAGUGCAUGGCCUUGAAAAUGACGAUACUCGAGGGUAAAGGACUUUUCAAUUCCAAUCGCCAUCAAGAAAAUCUUCACGUUAUGCUAUCGCUGUGGGAUGAAAUAGCUCAGAUAGCCGAUUUUAAUAAAGACGGCGUUGUAACAACUGAGGAAUUUAAAGACGCCGUUCAGAAAUGCUGCAUCGGUAAAUCUUAUGCCGAAUUUCCUCAGGCAAUGAAAAUGUUUAUUGAUAAUCAUUUUAAAAUUGUGGACUUGAACGGUGAUGGAUUAAUAGGAGUUGAGGAAUACCGAUAUAAUUCAAUCACAAGAAUUCCGAUUGCUAAUAUUGAUACCAUCGAUCAGGCUUAUCAAAAUUUACUCAACGAUGAUGAUAAGAGACGCGGAGGAUUAACAUUAUCACGCUAUCAAGAACUUUAUGCUGCGUUCCUUGGAGAUCCAACCGAUAAAGGCCCAGCUGUUCAUCUAUUUGGUCCAUUACCCGAAAAUUGUUAAUAAAUUAAUUUAUUACUAUGAAACAAUUGCCAAAUAUAUCUACAAAAUGAAGUUGCAACUAUUGCAAA